GAAGCUGAAGGUCCCAGGCAUUCUUGUGUUCCUUCCCACAUCUGAUAUUCCAAAUUCCCUUUCAUUAACAUGGGAUGUUCCCAUCUUCAUGUCAAAUUCAUUAUAUCCUCACAAACAAAAUAACCUCACCACUCCCCCAAAACAAUCUGGAUGCUAGCACUAUUAAGUUCAGACAACAGAUCUGUUCUGGUUUCUAGACAGUCAACAUCUCAUUUUAUACUCGAGACUGAAGGUAAGAGUUCUCCAGGAUUCCUUUCAUAGAGGCACUAAUCUGUGAGGCUCUACCUCAUUACCUCAAAGGCCCAGCCUUCAAGAACAACCCUAGUGGAAGAUUUAAACAUAAUAAUGGUGGUGUGGUUUGCCACACAGUCUACUACAGGCAGUUAGGGCUAAGACUAUCAUGCAGAAAAAUUGCACUCAUUUAAGUUUUAGUCCAGACAUCGACUUGGUCGUUCAUUGGCUGUCAGCUAAAAUUAAUUAUUCUUCCAGGGCCAAAUGACAGUGCUAAACCUACAUUCAAAGAAGCUGAGUUACUCUUUAUUCUUGGUCAUGCCCCAUCAGAACAAAUGCAAUUAGCUCUGUUCUUCGUCAGUAAAGUCACCUGCAGGGACCACAGAUUGCUCUGGUUUAGGAACGCUUGGGCUUUGUGGCCUUUAUGUCACUUUCGUAACACAAUCUGCCAUCCAGUACACAGAAGAGUUGAUCUGCGUUUCUUAGGGGGCUUUAUCCGCCCUUCAUUGUUCCAGGGAGGUUUGUCAGUAUUUUACUUCGUCUCAGCAGUGACCUGGAACCUCAGUCCUUUGGAGUUGGCACGCCUGGCUUUCGCCCGACCCUAGCCCCUCCUGUUGUCACUAAGGUUGUGUUGGCAUCCCAAUUCACCAAGUAGCCUAACAAGCAUGACACGUGAGAUCGCAGAGCAGCCGUUUCUUCGAGGAGCUAGCGCGCAGGCGCACGUGGUGAUGGGAUGAAGAUGCGCCUGAGAAUUACUGCCUGAACACCAGGUGAAAAGAGGGACCUCGGCUGAGGCUGCUCGAGCCACGCAGUGCGCAGGCGCGCAGAGACCUUCGAAGCGCAGGCGCGCAAGUGACGUCACUGCGAGCGUCCGGAGGCCGAGUGCUGCGUGAGUCCGACGGUCGAUGCUACGGGUACUAGGGAUUGUGCAGCGGCUUCGUCGCCAUGUUCGGCUCCAGUCGCGGCGGAGUGCGUGGCGGACAGGACCAGUUCAACUGGGAGGAUGUGAAGACCGACAAGCAGAGGGAGAACUACCUAGGAAACUCGCUGAUGGCGCCAGUGGGCCGCUGGCAGAAGGGCCGCGACCUCACCUGGUACGCGAAGGACCGCGCGCCGUGUGCCGGCCCGAGCCGUGAGGAAGAGCUGGCUGCUGUGCGCGAGGCGGAACGCGAGGCGCUGCUGGCCGCACUAGGUUACAAGAACGUGAGGAAACAGCCCACCGGCCUGAGCAAAGAGGACUUCGUAGAGAUCUGCAAACGGGAAGGAGGCGAUCCUGAGGACAAGGGUGUGGACCGGCUGCUGGGUCUGGGCAGCGCCAGUGGUUCCGCAGGCCGUGUGGCACUAUCCCGGGAAGACAAAGAGGCUGCCAAGCUUGGGCUGUCAGUGUUCACGCACCACCGCGUGGACAGCCAAGGCCCAAGCACCAACCCAUCUGCUGCCAGGAAGAAGCCUCGUGCUGAGGACAAGGCCGAACUAGAUACAGACAGCCAUAAGAAAAGCAAGAAAGAAAAGAAGAAAAAGAAGAAGAAACACAAGAAACACAAGAAGAAGAAAGACAAAGAACACAAGAGGGAGACUGACAGCUGUCCAUCCUCUCCCUCUCCUCCUCGGCCCAGACACCAGAGACAUGAUUCUGACUUCUCCCCCAGCUGUAAGAGGAAGCGGGGACAUAGCCAGGACAAUGGAAGGAGUCCACCCCGCAGACGACAAGACAGAGGCUCUGAUGACUGAGAAUGUGGCUAAACCAAAGGACACCAGAGCUGGUUGCCCUGAGCUGGGACCUUGCCCACCACCAAGCUCUGUAGGGUCUAUAAAGAGUAGUCAUUGGAUGCCAAGUGGCUACCAGCCCCCUUCCUACUUGCCCAGACUAACCAUCCCAUCCCUGUCUGGGCUAAGGCAGGAGGCUGCUCCCUGGUAGGAUUCUGAGCCAAGCUUGUUGGACCUUGGUAUCUGUCUUGCCAUUUGGAGGCAACUUAUGUGGCAACCACUCCAUGUUGCUGAAGAGUGGGUCCUGGGUGACUAGAGCCUAGUGAUUCUGUGAGGGGAGUGCCCUUGCCUCACCCCCAUGCCAAGGAAGAUACAGUUGCCUAGAAGAUUAAGGCCAGAUUGCUGUUUGUGCUGCCACAGUGCAGGCCCUUGAGGUUUGGGUAUGUGUGUGUCUAUGUAUAUAUAUCUGGUCACGUUUUGUAUCAACCCACUUUGUACAUAAGUAAAUGUAUUUUAAAAGUA